AUUUUUCAGUAUUUGUUUAUUUUAAUAUAAAACCACCAGACACAUGCUACUGUCGUCAUUGUAGGGGUUCUAAUAAAGUCUGGGGGAAAAAAGCGCAAACAUACGGCUAAUCAAGUAGGUGUUGCUUGUGUGGUUCCAGAGUUCAAUAUUAAAAUUGGGAAAAGAAUUACUUCAUGGUCUUUCAGUCACAUUUCGUUCCACACUCCUGACCAGUUGGUGGCGGAAAUGCGCCACAUCGCUGUGUGCCAACCGCCGAGAAAACACAAAGAAGGAAAGGAAGGAAGGCGGCGCAGUAACCGGAAGUGCUACUAGAAAACAGAAUUGAAUGCAGCUUCGAGCGGUUUGGUUUUGUGUUUUAGGACCUAAAGGCUCACGCACGCGAACCGACAUGUAACACUCGGUUCUGGGUGUUCUAGAACUUAGGAGGUGGAACUGAGUCUAAACGACUAGACUAGCUGGUUUGUUUUAUCUGCCGCAAGGCCUGCUGGGUAAUAUGUUAACGUUGGUACUGCGUCGAUUGGAGGUCCGCGGUGCGUGCUAUCGGGAAUAACGAACCAAUAAAACAGUAAAUACAGAGGCGAGGGAGAAGCGCGAGCAGGUAGUGUGUCUCUGUGUCCACAGACAUGUCAGCCUCCCUGUCAGCGGAGAGAGACAGGAUUCAGAGACAAGUGGAGGAGCUGGAACAGAGUCUCGCUGUUACUCAGAAUGAACUGGACCUGCUGAGCAGUGAGACAGAUGAUGGUUCACACGAUGAGGACGUGGAGGACGAGGUGGGACAGUCUGCUGCAGGUUUGAUGGUCCAGAGGGAGAAGGUCCAGAGAGAGAUCCAGGACCUGGAGGACAUCCUGGGAGCACACAGCCCCAUCACUGUGUCAGAUGAUGACGCCGGGAGCUCCAGUGAUGAGAGUGACCUUGGCUUGUCUCUGUCGGUGGACUCGUGUCUGCAGUUGAACCUCGUUUACCAGCAAGUUGUCCAGGAGACUCUGAAUCAGCUGGAGACACUGCUGAGUCAGAACCGCAGACAGCAGGAGGAGCUGGUGGCUCAGAUGUCCGGACCAACCAGAGAGUCUUCCAGUGAACCAUCAGCCCACUCGUCCUACCAGCACCCAAUGAAAUUGUUUCUGGGCCGCUUCCUGAAACCAUACUUUAAAGAUAAACUGACUGGACUGGGUCCUCCAGCCAAUCAGGAAGCGAAGCAGAGGAACAUGAGGAUGACGGGAUAUCUCGACGACAAGAAACUGAAAAUGAAACGAUGGACGAGCUGGCAGAAGAACCUGUUGAUCCACUCGGUGGCCAGAGACAGUCUGAAGAGACUCGUCCAACCCAAACUGUCCAGGGUGGACUUCCUGACCCAGAAGAUGUCUUCAGCAGAUGAAGCGGACCGGGAGCAGCUAAGAGAGCAGAUUGACGGUCUGGAGAAGGAGAUCGACCUGCUCAGGGAGAAGAAGGAGGAGGAGCUGAUUGGUGAUCGAUUUGAAGAACACGACUGGCAGAAAAUCUCCAACAUUGAUUUUGAAGGGACCAAGGACCCAGAGGACAUCCGGGCCUUCUGGCAGAACUUCCUCCAUCCCUCAGUCAACAAAACCUCCUGGAGUAAAGAGGAGGUGCAGCAGCUGAAGGAGAUCAGCAGGAAACACCAGGAGAGACACUGGGAGAGGAUCGCCGAGGAGCUGGGGAUGGGGAGGACGGCCUUCAUGUGUCUUCAGGUGUUCCAGCGGUUCGUCUCGGAUUCUCUAAAACGUGGCAGUUGGACUCCAAAUGAGGACGUUCUGCUCAGAGAGCUGGUGGACAAGAUGCGAAUUGGAAACUUCAUCCCGUACACACAGAUGAGUUACUUCAUGGAGGGUAGGGACCCGGCUCAGCUUAUCUACAGGUGGAACCAGGUUUUGGACCCGAGCCUGAAGAAAGGCCUCUGGAGCAAAGAGGAGGAUGAGAUGUUGCUGCAGGCUGUGGCUCGUCAUGGAGAGAAGAACUGGUGGAAGGUGCGGCUGGAGGUUCCUGGACGCACCGAUGGCAGCUGUAGAGACAGAUACCUGGACUGUCUGAGGAGUGAUGUGAAAAGAGGAUCGUUUGACAAACAGGAAAUAAAACUGCUGAAGGAGCUGGUGGAGAAACACGGAGUUGGACGCUGGUCAAAGAUUGCUUCAGAGAUUCCACAUCGGUUGGACUCUCAGUGCAUGAGGGAAUGGAAGAAACUGAACAGACCUCCUUCUAAGCGCUGCAAAGCCGGAAACACUUCCAGGAGGAGAAAAAGAGGAGAUGGGAAGAAGAAAGCAGCAAAACAGAACAUCAGGAAGCUACUGGGUAAAAUAAAAGUGGAGAAGGAGGAAGUGGUGGAUGAGAUGACUGAGGAGGAGGAGGAAGAAGACAUGGUGAUACCAUACAUGGAGAGUGAUGAUGAGAAGAAACCCGAGAAUUUAGUUGGGGAGCUUGCAAAGGUUAUGGAGGUGGCAGAGCAGGAGGAGCAGGAGUAUGUCGUCCCCCCGAUGAAGGAGUGGCUUCCAGUGGAUAAAGUUCAAAGCUCCACCUCCCUGACUUUUCAUCUGGUAAUGUUGCCUCCAUCAUCUGACGCUCAGGAUGGGGAUCUCGUCCGCUUGACAAUCCUGGGAAAGUCUGGGCGCUCUGUGAUCAUUGGACCGCGUCCCAGAGAGCUGCCGUGUGAGGAGCGCAACAGCAGCGGCGCCAUGAUGAUGGUGUCAGCUGACCAGCUCCGCAAGCAUCUGACCUGCAGGGUGCAAAAGUUUAAGAACCCAAAUCACGGAGAGAAAACCAGCAGCAACAAAGGGACGGAGAAAUCGACGGAGUACGAGCUGCAAGCCGCAGUGUUGCCAUGGAUCGGACACCUGCUGAUCCCAAAGAGCUCCACACGGACGGCCUCUGACGCCCUGAGGGAGGAAGGCGAAAAGAGGGGGGCCUCCUCCACCUCCACCUCCCUAUUCUUGCUGUUCCUCCAGACCAUGAAUGUGGACAUCAUUGGCUGCAAGGAAAUGAUCGAGCAGAGGAAGAACAAAGUGGUGGUGCUGACUCCGCCCACUAAUCCCCUCACCGUCAAGAUGAAGAACUCCAGGACCGUGGCAGGAGUCCUUCAACAGAGGAGGAAGAUGAGGCAGCGCCAGGACUGGGAGGAUGAUCAGCGGAGGCUGAUGCUAAGGCAACUGCAGACAGUGGAGGAGGAGAAGCUCAGGCAGCUGAUGCAGCCUCGUACUCUUCCAAACCUUCUCCACCUCGUCCCCCAGGAGCCUCCUCAUCCCACUGGCUCCAUCCAUGUCAUCAGAGCUCCUCACAUAGGAGCCCAGGCUGCUCCGCUUGCUCCACCUCCUGUCUCUGUGGUCUCCAUGCUCCAGGCUACACCUUUAGCUCCGCCCCCUUUCUGUUACCCAGCUGUUCCUGCUGUUCCAUCCACAUCCAGAACUCUCAGCCCACCCAGAGGAGGGGGGCAGAGGGAGGGAGAGGAGGAGCAUGCAUGCAGGAGCAGCAGCGUGGGAGGUUCAGGAGUGCCAAGUGGCCGAGGGGCUCCGCUGGAAACUGAGCCUGAAGCUAUGAAGACAGCUUCAUCUUCCUCUUCAACAGACACAGAUCAGACUCAGACUUCUGUCCUUCUUCCUCCUGUUCUUCCUCUCCCCGUCUCCUCUCAGUUUUCCACAUCUUUCUGCUCUGAUUGGCCUGUGUCUCCAGCUCAUAGCCUCAGCUUAGCCCAGCCCCCUCCAACAGCCUCACCCUUACAUCUCAAGGAGCAUAGUUACAGCUUUUCUAGUCCAGACUCCAGCCAACCAAGCUCCGCCUCCAAAUGCCUUGUCCCUGACCAUAUGAGAGCUCCCAAACAGCAGUCCAGAACUAGGAAAAGACAGAGGGAGGAGAAGCAGCAGGAGGAGCAAAGUGUGGAUGGGGCAGGUACAGGUAGAGGUGUGACCCAGGAGGGUAAGAGGCCUCGCAAACCAAGUCUGAAGGGCAUAGCUCUGCAGGAAUCCAAGGCUGAGGCAAAGAAGAAGAGACGUUCAUCCUCCUCUCCUCUACGCAAACGCUCACGCAAGUGUAGCCCGAGUAUUGCCAUGGCUCCGCCCCCUCCUCAGAUUCCGCCCGCUGGGUUAAGUUUACUUCCUGGUCAAAGCAUGUGGGUCAUGACUCAUAGCGGAUUGGUCCAGCUGGCUCAGGCUCCGGCUCAAGGCAUGAAGGUUGUGUUUGUACCUCCAACUGGAGGUGUUUUAAACCCUUCUAUGGCCCCGUCUCCUCUAAGACCGAACCUAAUCGUCCCAGCAAACCGCCCUUUUCUUGCUUCACCUAUGAGCCACUGCAAGCCCCAUCCUUCAUCUAUCCCACUACCACAUAACUCCUCCCACCUGCACCAACCUCCCCCAAAAGUGAAUCUUCCUUAUAAGGGCACUGUCAAAGCGGAUUCAGAGAAGGCUCCAUCACUCAGGUAUGAGCGGCUGCAGUUUGACCCCUCGCUGAUGUUCCUGGAGCCUCGAGAGGUGGUGUGUAAUUGGCUGAGUGGAUUGGGUGGGGUGGUAGUGCCCGGGGCGAGGACAGCGCUACCCUACCUUCCUCCCUUCAUCAGCACUCUGAGCACGCUCAGUUUGCUUCUGCAGGCCAAGAAAUCUCUGACGCAGGCGUCCCUGCAGCUGCUGUCAAAAGAAAUGCAUCCCCCUCCAUCCAAACCCUGUUCCACCCAGCCUCCACCUGACCUGCCAGAUUCCACCUCAGACCUUAACCCAGCAGAGGAAGAGCCAGGUAACCCUCCCAUCUCCACCGAGGAGGAGGAGGAACAGGUGAAGGCAGUGCGUCAGCUGGUGGCUGAGCGCUUUUCCACUAACCCCGCCUACCAGCUGCUGAAGGCCCGCUUCCUGUCCCUCUUCACUGUCCCCGCCCUCUUGGCCACCGUGCAGCCAGUCACAAAGAAGCAGCAGCCGUGCCUGACCAAUCAGGAGGAGGAUGGGGAAGAAAGUGAUGAUGAGGAGGAGCUGAAGAAAAUCGAAGAGAGAGGAAGACAAAGGAAAACUGAGAGAUCUCUGCUGCUGUCUGGAAGCACCACCGCUCCGGCCAGUCACUUCUCAGGAAUCUGCACACAAACCGCAGACCAGACCGGACACCCAAAAACUGGACCACACUAGAAGAGCCGAAACUGGACCACCAAGCUGUCCUCUAUGUGGAGGUCACAUGUUCAGAUACAAAAGCAGAUGUUCUUAUUGUUCAGGAUUUACAGAAACGGUGUUUAUGUCCCAUCAGGUGUGAACCAACUGGCAUGAAGACCCUCAGAAAUGAGACAGAAAGUUACCUCAGAUAUUGUGGUUUCUGGAUCAGGUUUUACUGACUCAGACAGUCAAACACAAAAGAUGUUCAUCACUUCUAUAAUUCACAUUUGUUUUGUUGUAGAAACUGGCUGGAGAGGAGCUCUGUGGUGCGUUCAGGAGCCCCAGUUUUGAGAAUGAAUAAAGAUGUUGUUGUUAAACAUGUUAAUAUUAAAGAAAUGUUUUAUUUUCUGUAAAGAAAAGCUUUAUUUUCCAAUUAAAAACUUUUAUAAUAA